AUGGACUCAAGUCACUGCUUGGUAUCUGCACUGAAUCAUCAAGAUGUUCAAAGUCGUUUCUUUGACCCAUCUUGGCUUCAGAAGCAGCCCCACGUUCCCACGAACUUCGUUUGGCCAAAAGAGUGCUUAGAGGACGCAAAUGAAGAGCUUCAAGCCCCAUUAGUGGACCUUCAUGGUUUCCUCAAAGGUGACCAUGAGGCCACACAACAUGCUGCUAAACUCAUACGCAAAGCUUGCUUGACACAUGGAUUCUUCCAAGUUAUCAACCAUGGAGUUAAUCCUCUCCUCAUUGGUGAAGCAUAUGAUCAAAUGGACGCGUUUUUUAAGCUCCCAAUUCAAAGUAAGCUAAGUGUUCGUAAGAAACCAGGUUCCAUGUGGGGUUAUUCAGGUGCUCAUGCUGAACGGUUCUCCUCCAAAUUGCCAUGGAAGGAGACCCUUUCUUUCCCAUUCCAUGACAAUACCUUAGAGCCUGUUGUCACCAACUUCUUUAACUCCUCCUUAGGGGAAGACUUUGAACAAGCUGGAGUGGCAUUCCAAAAAUACUGUGAAGCAAUGAAGGAGUUGGGAAUGAAGCUAAUAGAGCUAUUGGCAAUUAGCUUGGAAGUGGAUGGGUUAUAUUAUAAGGACUUGUUUGAAGAUGGUUGCUCCAUCAUGAGAUGUAACUAUUACCCAUCAUGCCAACAGCCAAGUCUUGCAUUAGGGACGGGACCGCAUUGUGACCCAACAUCUCUAACCAUACUUCACCAAGAUCAAGUUGGAGGGCUUGAUGUGUUUGCAGACAAAAAAUGGCAGACGGUUCCACCUCGUCCUCACGCUCUUGUAGUUAACAUUGGCGAUACUUUCACGGCGCUAUCAAAUGGGAGAUACAAGAGUUGUCUACAUAGGGCAGUGGUUAACCAGUACAAAGAGAGGAGGUCCUUGGCAUUCUUUCUGUGCCCAAAAGAAGACAAAGUGGUGAGACCCCCAGAGGAUAUUGUGCGUAAGGAUGGGACAAAACAAUAUCCAGAUUUCACAUGGUCGAAUUUGCUUGAAUUCACACAAAAGUACUACAGAGCCGACGAAGCUACGCUGCAAAAUUUCACCAAGUGGUUGCAAUCCUCCAAACCCUUUGAGAUAACCAACAAAUAG